CAUAGAUCCGACAACCGAAGAUAAUAAAUUGAAAGAACCGGAUAUUAUAAAUUACGACCCCGGUAAUGUUACAUAUAAUUGUAACGGUGACUAUUUAAUUAAAGUAAACAAAUUCAACAAAAUAACACAAAUAUUACAAAUGUUCAAUUGCACUAUGAUUAACAUGACUUUAAUCGAUGAUGAUGACAACUCGAUAAUAUAUUAUAUCAAAUUUAAUUGUACACAUAAUGAUACAUUUAAUACUAAAACAUGUUCUCGUGAAAUAUUACAAAGUUAUAUGUUACAUUUGAAUGGCAGUAAAACGAUGGACGAGUACAAUGAAAGCAAUGAUGUGUCUACUAUACUGUUAAUUAUCUCUGGGAUUGUUAUUAUAAUCGCACUUGUAACAUCUUUGCUAUGGUGGAGACGUCGACACAGAAGAAAUCGACGCAGAAGAAACUCUCAAAGCCCUGCUCCAACGGACGAAAACAUAUACUCUACACCACAUCUACAUUACGUAAGCUUAAAUCACACGUACAUGAACAAUGACGAGCAUGCAUGCAACUACGCGGCCCAUCAAUCUGAAGUGCAGUAUGCGGACCUGGAUAUGAUCAGACAAACGCCAAGGUCCGUUGACAUAAAGGAAGACAGUACAUAUGCAAUGAUUACUGGCGUAUUACUGCCUGCAAGGAAUACUAAAUUAGAAUGAAUACAAUGUAUUCAAAGCAGUAUCUACAAAUGGAUGUUACAGUAUGACCGG